AUGAAUAUCAACGAGAAGGAUAUCACAGAUGAGAUCGUUAUGAGCGAUCCAAACCCAACGACAACCCCAACACCAUUCGAGAAGAAGACUCCCUUGGAAACAAUAACGCCAGUCUCGGCCAACAGCAGCCAAACAGUCCUCGACUCAGGCGCCGAAUACCUAUCUGCCGGCGAACCUACGACACUUGUCGUUGCUUUUGCCGAAAAUGAUCCUGAGAAUCCUCACAACUGGUCUCAGUCCAAAAAACUUCUCAUCGUUGUGGCCACAACCCUAGCCUGCAUUAACUCCGGCUUUGGCUCCGCCCUUUGUUCCAACCUCUCGCCUCUCCUCGCCCCCGUCUUCAACUUUCCCUCGCCCGGACCCCAAACCACGCUCCCGACCUCCAUGUACCUAAUCGGCUUCGUUUUCGGUCCUCUCAUCUGCGCUCCCCUCUCCGAGACGUAUGGCCGUCGUCCCGUCUUGGUCACCGGCUUCGGACUGUUCCUCCUUGCUACGCUAGGCUGCGCACUGGCUAACAGCUGGCCUCUGUUCCUCGUCAUGAGGUUGCUUUCUGGCACAUUUGGUGCGCCGCCUAUCAGUGUUGGUGGAGGCGUGGUGGCGGAUGUGUUUGGUGAUAAGGUGAUGAGGGGGAGGAUGAUGAUGAUUUGGAGCGCUAGUUCGUUUGUGGGGCCGUUGGGAGCGCCGGUUGUGGGCGGGUUUUUGGGACGAUCCCAUGGCUGGAGAUGGGUGUUUUGGUUUGCGCUCAUUCUGGCGGGCGUGUCGUUCAUCGCGGUGGCCUUGAUGCCGGAGACGUUCCAUCCCAAACUGCUGAAGGUUAGGGCCGAGAAGCUGAACAAGCAGAUGGAAGCGGAAGGCAAGGCCAAGGGGGUCAGGUAUGUCGCUCCGGUUACGGGCUUGGGUGACGCCGACGGUGAGAAGUUGAGUGUUUGGAGGCAGCUUAGUAUCACACUCUGCCGGCCCAUCGUCCUGCUCUGCACUGAGCUCCUUCUUGGCCUGACAUGCAUUUACCUCGCCUUCGUCUACGCCGUCUUUUACAUGAUGCUCAAGAUUGGUGGAGUGACCUGGACCGGAACCUACCAUUUUUCCCCCGGCAUCGCCGGUGUGGCUUUCAUGAUCAUGGGCCUGGGUACCAUCAUUGCCUGCUUCGUCAUUGUCUGGUACGACUCAUACGGUCCCAAGCUUGCAGCCCGCCAUCCUGCCGAUCGCAAAUCCGAGUAUCUGCGUCUGCCUAUUGCUUGCAUUGGUGGCCCAAUCUUUGUGAUCAGUCUUCUCUGGCUGGGCUGGACCAGCAGGGAGAGUGUCCAUUGGGCGGUUCCCCUGGUGGCCUAUGUGCCGUAUGGGUUCGCUUACCACAUGAUUUUUACUGCCAUGAUCAACUACGUGGCGGACGCCUACUCCCCGCUCAACUUCGCCGCCUCGGCCCUCGCAGCUUGCGGUACCACUCGCUCCAUCGCUGGCGCUCUUAUCCCGUUGGCGAUCGAUAACAUGCUUGCCGCCUUGGGAGUCGCAUGGGCUAUCACCGUCCUGGCUAUCGUCAGCGCCGUUUUGUGUUUGGUGCCCUUCGCCUUUAUCAUCUAUGGGGAGGCGAUUAGGGCUAGCAGUCCUUGCGCUCGAUUGAAUGGUCUGACGGCGGAAGACCUCGGGACGGAGUCGGAUGAGGAGGAGGUCGAGCAGGAAGACAAUGAGGAGGAUCUGGAGAAGGGUACUGGAGCUGCUCUGAAGAGGGAGAGAACCCAGAAGUCUCAGAGGACUGUGAGGUCUCACAGGAGCAGGAUGAGCAGACGCAGUGGAAUGAGCAGGAUGAGCAGGAGGAGUAUCCUGGAGAUGAGCGGUGCGAACGAGGUGGGAAUGGGCGAGUUGACAAGGAGUUUGUCUGCUGUAUAA